CAGUUAACAUCCGAUAGUUUACCCGUAAUUGUAAAGAGGAAGUGAACGAAAUAUUAGAUCACAAUGAAUAGUGAUAAGUUUAUGCUGAUUUUCGUGUGUGUGAUUGGUUUUUGUUUUGGAGAAAGGGACAAAGUCAUAAACUUUCACGACAGAAUCAAAUAUAAAGAUUGUGAUGAUGUGUACCGGAGCGGCUAUAACGACUCUGGUAGUUACACCGUGUAUCUAAACAGAUCACAGCCUUUGAAGGUUUACUGCCGCUUUGAAUCAGGAAUUCCUGCAAUUUCUAUCAUGCAACAGAAGUAUGGUACAGUGAAUUUUGCCCGAGGGUGGUAUGACUACGUGAAUGGGUUUGGAUCUACGGCUAGCGACGACUACUGGUCAGGUUUAGAACACAUGAAAAGUCUUACAGACGCCGGUUAUCAUAGACUAGUGGUUACUCUCCAAGACUGGAAAAAUAUCAUCAAAACUAUUCAAUACAAUUAUUUCGUACUUGGACCAGCAAACCAGCGCUAUCCGUUACAUAUUGGCGAGUACAUUUCAAGUCACAUCCUUCCCGAUGACUUCUGGCACAGUAAUGGCAUGCCGUUCGCAACCAUCGAUGUCCCCGACACUCGUAAUUGCGCCGUUAACAUGAGAGCCGGUUGGUGGUAUAACUAUUGUACAUACGCUCUUCCGACGGGACGUUAUUACUUCGGCGGUCCUUACACACCGUCGGGAAGUUUCUACGACGGCAUAUUCUAUAGUGAUUGGCACGGCAUGGGAUAUUCAUUGAAGUAUAUCAGAAUGGACUUGUAUCACAUUUAGAAUGGUACAGACAUCCAAGUGCAUCCAAGACAGUUGAAGAAACAUGUAUCUUACCGACAAGUUUUUUUUGAUAUAUUGCAUCUACAAAAUAUUAAACAACUCGUGGAAAUAUGUUAAAGAAAUUCAGUCAGAGAACGACACCGAAAAGCUGAUAUGCUAUGUGAUUGACCACUAAGUCGAUACAGUUUGCAUUCAACAUUUCCCUCAAGUAUUAAUUGAUAAUGCAUCUUAGAGAAGUUGAUAUGAUAACUUAUCGACAUGAAAAGAGUGAUAUUGAUCUAGGGCGUAGCCCGAUGUUGAUAUCACUUUUCAUAGGUCGGUAAAUUGACCAAACCUAAAUGGCAACAAUUGUUUCAUUAUCAAAACCAAGAACUCAAAUAUUUUUUGAAAAUAAAUCCAAUUAUUUGCAACGUUAGACAUAUUCCCCGUGCUUUGAUUAGUUAAAAGUUUUGUAAGACGGCGCCUUGUUGUGACGUCAAAAUGUUUUGCUGCUAUUGCUGGAUAUCACAACGCGUUUUUGCUCCGCGUACGACUGAGUACGACAUUUUAUCAUUAAUCAUCUGACUGUGUUUAGACCAUUGUAAAGGAAUAUAAAUAAAGAUUUAAUAAUAAUAA